ACUUUCCAGAAAGAAGCUCAAUUGCCAAAUUUACCGGUGCCUUCUUUAAAUGAUACACUCAAGUUAUUAGAAAUAUCAUUGGCUCCUUUGUUAAAUGAUGAUGAAUUUUAUCAAUUACAAAGAAAGAUUCAAGAUUUCAAAACUAAUGAAAUUUCAUCAAUUUUACAAAAUCAUUUAUUAAAAUUCCAUCAAAAUGAAGAUUGUUAUUUAGAUCAUUUGAAUCUUGAUCAUAUAUUGAUUGAUCAUAAGGCACUUCCAAGAAACCCUUUCUUAAUAUUGGAAAAUGAUCCAUUGAAAAAAAUUAAAAUGAAUCAAACACAAGGUGAACGUGCUGCUGUAUUGACAAAUUCAGCUUUAAAAUUCAUUAGUUCCUUAAGAUUAGGUUAUUUAAAUCAAGAUGAAACUUUUGGCGGGAAACCUUUAACAAUGAAGCCUUAUUUGAAUUUAUUUGGUACUACAAGACUUUCAGAAUUUGGAAGUAUAAGAUCUAAAACAAAUUUGACAUCAGAUUAUAUAUUAAUCUUGUCAAAAUCUCAGUUUUAUACUUUAAAAGUAUUGAAUGAAGACCAAAAAUUAUUGUUUUCGAUUGAUGAACUAUCUAAAUUAUUGGAUGAGCUUGUUGAAGAAGUUAAUCAAGUGGAAAAUCCAAAUAGUACAGCAAUUGGUUCAAUCACUUCAGAUACUUUUAAAAAUUGGAGUUCUUCAAGAAGUUAUUUACAACGUGAAUUUAAAGAAAAUUUGGAUAAAAUUGAUGCUGCACUAUUUGUUUUAGUUUUAGAUCAUUCAGAACCUGAUAAUACCAGUGGUGAAGAGUUGGCCAAGGUUUUAUCUGUUGGUUCUUUAAAGAUUGAUGAUCAUGGUGUUCAAACAGGAUCUUGUACUUCAAGAUGGUAUGAUAAGUUACAAUUGGUUGUUACUGCCAAUUCAGUUGCUGGUAUAAUUUGGGAUUCUUUCACUGCAGAUGGUACAAGUGUAUUAAGAUUCACUUCAGAUAUGUUUACAGAUUCAGUAUUAAGAUUAGGUGAUGGUAAUUAUUCCUUAUUUCCAAAAGUUAAAUUGACAAAAUCUGAAGAUUAUCCAAGACCAAAACCUGAAAAAUUACAUUGGGAUUUUGCUGCAGAUGCUCAAACUUCUUUACAUUUAGCUGAAACAAGAUUAACUGAUUUGAUUUGUACUCAUUUGACAAAUACAAAGACUUUGAAUUUUGGAAGAAAUUUUGCUAAAAAAAUUGGUGUUAAAGCUGAUAGUUUAAUUCAAAUAUCUUUACAAAUUGCUCAUUAUGCAUUAUAUGGAAGACCAAUUUCCACGGUGGAGCCAGUUUCAACAAGAAUUUUCAAAAAUUCAAGAUCAGAAUUAUAUCCAGUUCAAAAUGAUUUUAUAACAAAGACUUGCCAAAUAUUUGUUAGUGAUUCAACACCAAGUAUUAGAUGGCAAUCAUUUAUUGAUUGUUGUAAAUUUCAUUCAAAUAAUUUACGUAAAUGUGCCAAAGGUGAAGGUUUUGAAAAACAUUUAAAAGCUUUACAAAAUGUUUAUUUACAAAGACAAAUUUUCAAUCAAGUUAAUCCAGAAUUUAAAAUUCCUGAUGAUGAAAUUCCACCUUUAUUAUUUGAUGAUGUGAUUUUCCCAUUAUUUGUACCAGAUUUAGUUGCUUCAAAUUGUGGUAAUCCUGCAAUGAGAUUAUUUGGAUUAACACCUGCAGUUUCCAAUGGAUUUGGUAUUGGUUAUAUUAUUAAAGAUGAUACUACAGAAUUUUGUUUAAUUAGUCAAUUUAGACAAAAUGAAAGAUUUUUAUCAACAUUAGAUUGGGUUUUCCAUCAAUUACAA